UUUUUAUUUUUUUCCAAGCCCACCCCCCAGCCCCAAAUCUAUUGCCCCACCCCUGCAAACCUUUCCCUUCCAAACGACCCCUUCUGCAAACCCUUCUCCCUCUCUCGCUCGCCCUCGGUCGGUAGCUGGGGAGGUCGCGUCUGUGGCUCUCUUGCUCUCGCUCGCCUCUCUGCAUUGCCAUUGGGACACUUUGGUUCAAUCUUUUGAGGUUUGGCUGGCUGGCAGGCAGGCAGUGGGCAUCCUCCCUUCAUAUUCUAGAGACUAAGAGACUAGAAGAAUGUUGAAGUUCCUGUCGAAGGUGAGAAUAGAGUUCAACGCGCUGGACCCCCGUUUGGCAUCGUGCAUGGAGUUCUUGGCCCAGUGCAAUGCCCGGAAGGCCAAGGAAUCGAACCCAGCGUGCCAGGUCUUGGUCAAGCGCCGCACCGACGAGCACCCCCCUCAAAUCACUGUCACUUUCGUCAACGGCGUCGAAGAGGUCUUCGACGCCACCGCCACCUCCGCACAGUCCAUCCGGACCAUGAUUCUCGAAAAGGGUCAGUAUCUCGAGACCGAGCAGAUGUUCCGCGAAGCCGGUGAGAAGUGGCCUGUCAUCAUCCCCGAGGAAGAACUCCGGCAACCGGCUCCUGGCACUAAGCAUUCAUGCAAACAAAUUGGUUAAGAGUUCGAUCAUGGAUUCUACCUAUCUUAUUUACUCUCCUCGUGCCUUCCCCCUCUGUUUCUUCAUUUCAGCCAAGAAAAGCAGAAGAGAAGAAGCUGUAACCUUAUCUCAUUCAACCCCGCAUUGCUCAGGAGGAUCAUUUUGACAGCUUGGAUCUCAGUCAAAAACAGUCGGUUAUGUUGAGGGAAUCCAUCAGAACUAAUAUGGUGAUUUGCUGUCGUAUGAAUUAGCUGCAGUUAGGUUCCAUGUCUUUGAAGCAUUAAGUUUUAACUGUGUCUUCUGCAUGGUAUGAUUGCUGUUUGUUUUGAAACAAAUCAUCCUAUCCUUGAAAGUUGAAUGGUUAUGUAACAAGUUGUCAUUUUCAUGGAAUGUUGUCAUUUGGGCCGUAAUAAACGACGGUGAAUAUUAUUCAUCUUUGUUCCAAAAAUUAGAAGAUGUUGUGAUGUCUAAGGAGUCAUGACUAUUAUA